AACUUGAAUAGGUGGUUAAUAACAUCAGUAAUGGCGUGUGCUCGUCAAAAAUUUGCAAGCUAAUGCAAUCAAUUCGCUGAAUUGUCAGGAUGGCGGACGCAGCCAACACAUUUGGCUUCGAACUUUUGCAAAAAGUGCAUCACGAUGAAAUUCUUAAAAAGGAAGACGUAAUAAUCUUAUUUAUACAUUGGUAUUUAGCAAAGUGUGGAUUUCGGUGCAUUGGCAUCGGAGAUGAAAAAACUUUUAAUGCAUCAGAGAAAGGAUCUGAAUUACUCCCAAAAGAUUGGAACUCCAGUUUUAAUUAUACAUUACGUUAUAUUAAGCAUGAAAAAUUAUAUAUACUACUUGGAAUCAAAUCGGAUAUGGAUUUACUAUUAAAUUUGCUGAGAUAUCAUGAUGAUGCUAUUUCCAACAUUCAGUUUCCUAUUGAGGAAACUGUGUCUGCAUUACAUGGACCUUUAGAAACUGUGAUACCAUCAUAUCGCACCAUUUUAUAUAGCGUACAAAAGGAUUUUGUAGGCACGCUAUAUGGAAAUACUAAAGAAGAAACAACUCAAACAACUGAAACAAAUGAAGCUUCAACACGUAGAGAUCCUGAUCCACUGCGAGUAGAAUCUAAUCGACCAGUGCAUCGUUUGCCUGAGCAUGAUCCUGCAAGAGUAGGAAUCCGAGACCUUGAUCCGUUUGGACAAGGUGGUGGAAUGAUAUUCGAUCCGUUUAGUAGUCGUCCCCCAAUUGGACGCUUACCAAGUGGUCUAGGAGUACCUGGAAGAUUGCCACCAGGUGCGAUACCACCCGGCGCAAGAUUCGAUCCCUUUGGUCCACCUGAUUUGGAUCCACUGAGACCUCUUCGUCGUAGACCCGAUGACGAUCACUUUCCCCCUCCAGGAUUCGACAUGUUUAAUUAAUUUUACAUUUAAACGUGUAUAUGUAUUGUUAAGGAAAACUUUGAACUUGGAAAAAAAAAUUAAAAGAGAAACAAGAGAGUACUUCUGUAUAAUAGAACUAAUAUAACGUUUGCAAUAUAA